AUUCAUGUACCUUUCAAAUCCCGAUAGAGCAACGAAUAUUCCGAGCAUUCCACAAGCACAUCUGCGAAUUCCAGAAAUUCCUCACUGUAAGCUUCGAUAACCAGAGGAGCUAUGGACGUUAAAAAAUCCAAAUCGAAGUCGAAAUCCAAAACUUCCAUCCUGCAGCUCACCCCCUUGGACUACACGAUAGACACGGCGAAACUAGCCAGUGAACUCGCAGGAAUUUACUUCCGGGAUCCCAAAUGCGAGAUAGUAAACAGCAGAGUACCCCACACAAUAGACAACAACACCUUCACCGAAUACAAAGCGUCCCCAGAAAGCCUCGCUUUGGAUUCCGAGCAAAACCGGAAAAUUCACGCCGAAAAUCUGGACUGGAACGUUGGUCAUCCCCCCACCUUGGCAGAUUGUUGCGUCGUCACCCUCAGUCGCAAUUUCGAGAAACUCAAACUUCUGAACGAGGUUCCCUGCGAGAACAGAACGUACUUGCUGGAAAUCCUACCGACAGACCUACCCUUAGAGAUUUGCAUCCCCCUUAUAGACUACGAGCAUUACUGGAAACGAAGACAUAACGACGAAUUCGGCAUAAUAACUUACCCCAAAAGGGAUGGUUGGAAUUGGAAAUGUUUAUACCUGGAAAGAUACCUAAGAAAACUGGUAGAAUUCGCGGAACCGCAGUACAAAGACGAGUUUGAAAUGGGUGAAAUUCUCACACUCCUCGCACCUUACGUCCAAACUCUCCGAGUCACUCAACUUCAGUUUUGGAAUCCACCAGCCACCAUGGAGAAGGAGGAUAUACCGGAAAUUUAUCCAGAUGACCACAUCGACUUCGACCCAAUAUUCAAGAAAUGCCAGAGGAUCGACGAAUUCGACUUGGUGUUUGGCAUGAACGAUGUAGGAGAAAGGUUUGAGUGGAGGAUGUUCCAAGUCUCGGUAGACGAUUGCGAGAGGCUAGGUAAGGCUAUUCUAAGCCUUAAUCGACUGAAGAUCCUCCGAGUUCAUAGGUCUAAAUUAGGAGAUCUUCACUGCCAAGCUCUGGUCAGAGGAUUGGUGCACAAUACAACCAUAGAGGAGCUUGAACUAUCCCACUGUAGAAUUGGCGACCAAGGAGCUCUCUGCAUAGCCAAACUGAUAGAAGUCCAUCCAAAUCUACAGAUCUUGAACCUCUGCGACAACCUGAUAAACGGAGUUGGAGGUGAGGGCAUAGGGUUCGCCCUGUUGCAAGAGAACUCAUGUCCACUCGUGUCGUUGGACCUCAGACUGAACCCUCUGGGACACCAAGGAGCUCUUGGCCUAAUGAGGAGUUUAGUGAGGGGUAACAAACCUCAAAGGCUGAACCUGGCUUCCUGUCAAUUCGAAGACAUGACUUCGUACAUAUUCGGCUGUAUGUUGAAGGUGAAUAAAAGCCUAGUGUGGAUAGACGUUAGCAACAACUGGUUUGGCGAAUUCGGAGGUGAAAACUUAGUGAUAGGACUCAGCGCAAACGAUACCGUGAAGUGGUUGGAUGUCAGGGAAACUUACAUCACCCCAGAGCAACUUACCGCGGUGAAACAUAUGCUGAAAAGGAACAACAAGGAGGAGGAAAGCGAAGAAGAAGAGGAAGAGGAAUUGACGGUUGUCCAAGAGGUUAAACCCAACGUUACUUUCGAAGAUCCCGAUAAGAAGGAAGAUGAAGACACGAACAUUUCGGAGCAAACCGAACAGACCACUGAGUGAAGGAUACGAAACUUUAUACAAAUAAGAAAAGGAAUAAAUGGCACUGCCUGUUUGAAGGAAUUCAACUCAAUUAAAACUCGAAUGAAAGUCCCUAUGCAGUUCAUAAAUUUGUAGUGAUAUAUCACUGCUCGAUGAAAAAUAUGACCUUUUUCUCUUCUCCCAAUUAGUACGUUCAAGUCCUUAAUCAAUUCACCAUGGACGUGAUCCAUGCCCAAAUAAAUCCAGAGGGAGCUACAAACGCAAAAAGAUGUUUUGUUUCAGGGCGGCAGUAAUGUUGUAAAGUUUGAUAGGGAUGUCCAUAAAUCUAUAUCAAUCCUCCUUACAGAAUACAGGUCGCCUCCGAUGGCUACUUUUUCGGUAGGAUAUGAAUUAUAGAUUACGUAUUGUAUUCAAAAAAUUUUCAUUUAUUCCUAUUCCUUUUUUGUUGUUCGGCAGUCGAGAUUGAAACACAUUUCAUGUUGGCUUCGGCCUUCUUAUGGCUCUUACUACCAAGGCUCGUAAAGAAUGAACUGGCUAGACUUGGUAUUUUCCACCUGUGCUGACAUAGCGACAACUCUCUGAAGAUGGUAUUGCUAAAUACCCUUAUCGGUCUGUAUGAAACUAUGGGAAUAUGUUGUCAUCACUCAAUUAGGAUUUUUUUGUAUGCAUUACUUGAUUUCAUCAUUCUUAGGAGAUGAAUAUUCCCAAAAUAGGAUUCUGAACGAAAAUCCUGAUUAUUUCAUGAGAGAUUCACCAUAUUUAUUUCAUAACCAUGCGCUAC